GCCUACGCUAGAUUCAAGAUGUCCGCUGGAGACAACAGCGGCAGGCCUCCUUGCCUCAGUUUCUCCGGCUCGGGGCCUUUGGGGAACAGCCAGCCCAGCAACAGCGUUUUCUCAAUGCCAGCCUCCAACGGAGGAGCGGUGGGUGCAGCCGGCGGAGCGCAGGGAGCAGCUAGGCGCCCCAACCCGCAGCUGGGGCCUGUCGGAGGAGACGGCGGCGUGUCGAGCGGAGCUCCGACGGCCGCUGCGCAGAACCCUUUGCAGCCGUCCGCUGCGGCAGUCGGAGCCAUGGCCUCCCCGGCGUCCAACAUGACAGCCACCGCGGCGUCGAACGCCUCCCCGGCGACGGCACCGACCGCUGCCCCGGCUGCCGCGUCCGUGCUGGUGUACCGAGAGCCGGUGUACAACUGGCAGGCGACGAAGAGCACGGUGAAGGAAAGGUUCGCCUUCCUCUUCAACAACGAGGUGCUCAGCGACGUUCACUUCUUGGUGGGCAAAGGGAUGGGUGUUCAGAGAAUACCAGCUCACAGGUUUGUGCUGGCUGUGGGGAGCGCAGUGUUUGAUGCCAUGUUCAACGGUGGCAUGGCGACCACUUCUACAGAAAUUGAGCUUCCGGAUGUGGAACCAGCAGCCUUUCUGGCCCUGCUGAAGUUCCUGUAUUCUGAUGAGGUCCAGAUUGGGCCUGAGACUGUGAUGACCACACUUUAUACAGCUAAGAAGUACGCAGUCCCUGCCUUGGAGGCUCACUGUGUGGAGUUCCUCAAGAAAAACCUCAGAGCAGACAAUGCUUUCAUGCUGCUUACACAGGCACGAUUGUUUGAUGAGCCGCAACUCGCCAGCCUCUGUUUAGAAAACAUAGACAAGAACACUGGAGAUGCUCUUGCUGCUGAGGGAUUCACAGACAUCGAUCUAGAUACGUUGGUGGCAGUGCUAGAGAGGGACACUCUUGGGGUCAGAGAGGUGCGUUUGUUUGGAGCUGCAGUGCGUUGGGCUGAUGCCGAGGCCCGCAGGCAGCAGCUGCAGCCCACACCUGAGAACAUGCGUAAAGUCCUGGGAAAAGCUCUCACGCUCAUCCGCUUCCCUCUCAUGACCAUUGAGGAGUUUGCUGCAGGUCCAGCUCAGUCUAAUAUUCUAACUGACAGAGAGGUGGUGAGUCUCUUCCUCCACUUUACGGUAAACCCAAAGCCUCGCGUAGAUUUCAUUGACCGUCCUCGCUGCUGUCUCCGUGGAAAGGAGUGCAGCAUCACCCGGUUUGGUCAGGUGGAGAGCCGCUGGGGCUACAGUGGGACGAGCGACCGCAUACGGUUCUCUGUAAACAGAAGGAUAUUUGUGGUUGGAUUUGGACUCUAUGGCUCCAUACAUGGACCUACAGAUUACCAAGUCAACUUACAGAUAAUUCAUACAGACAGUAACACGGUGCUGGGGCAGAAUGACACAGGCUUCAGUUGUGAUGGCUCGGCAAACACUUUCAGAGUUAUGUUUAAAGAGCCAGUGGAGAUUCUACCCAAUGUCAACUACACAGCCUGUGCUACUCUCAAGGGUCCAGACUCCCAUUAUGGGACCAAGGGAAUGCGAAAGGUAACCCAUGAGUCGUCAUCCACUGGCACAAAGACCUGUUUCACUUUCUGCUACGCAGCAGGAAACAACAACGGCACUUCAGUAGAGGACGGACAGAUUCCCGAGGUCAUAUUCUACACAUAGUCGCCUCAGACAUCGCAGCGAUCUUCCAUCAAAUGUGACAUCUUGACACCAGCGCGAGGCCGCACCUCAGCAGCCGUACUGAGGACUUACCUGUCAGAUUUCAUACUGUUCCCCUCCACAUUCUGCACAACCGUUAGCUGCAUGAGAGGACAAAUGGGAGGCGAAUUGGGUUGCUUCAUGGGGCAAAGGCUGUCGUUUUACAUGCCAUCUCUUUUGUGUUGUAGUUAUACCAGCUUCUGAAACAAACAUCACUGAAACCAGCUCC